AUGAAGAAUUCAGAGAAGUGUGAGAAGAUAUAUGAAUACAGCUUUGAAAUCUCAGUGUUUCUUCAAACUCUUGCCAUGAUACACAGCAUUGAAGUAAUCAAUAAUUCCUCACUGUUACCUGGAGUUAAACUUGGGUAUGAGAUCUAUGACACUUGCACUGAAAUCACAAUAGCAAUAGCAGCCAUGCUGAGGCUCCUCUCUAAAUUCAACUGCUCCCAACACGUUGUGGAGUUUCAGUGCAACUAUUCCAACUACACACCAAGAGUUAAAGCUGUCGUAGGAGACAGCUACUCAGAAAUAACCAUGGCUGUUUCCAGGAUGUUGAAUUUACAGCUCAUUCUACAGGUAGAUUCAGCUUUUCUCUCUGAUGGUAUCAUUAAAGUUGAAUUGAACAAAACUUUGUCAAGUGUGGAGAUGGCCAAUGGAAGAAUAGUUACUAUUCUGGAUGAUAGAAUCAUAAUCCAAAAAGAUCUUGAGGGACUAUAUACCCAUUUACUUGAAGCACUUAAAAACGUGACAUUUACUGAUGGAGAGAGUGAAUUUCAAUUUGAUUUGCAGGGGGACAUUAACAUUGGAUACAAUGUUCUACUUUGGAAGGAAGUCAAUGGACACAUGACCAUUAUCAACAUGGCAGAAUACAAUCUAGAAAAAGAUGCUUUCAUUUUUAAAGACAGAAAAACUGAAAAGGAAUUCAGGAAUCUAAAGCAAAUUCAAUCUAAAUGCUCCAGGGAAUGUGGUCCUGGUCAAAUGAAAAAAACCACCCAAAGCCAACAUACAUGCUGCUAUGAAUGUGUGAGCUGCCCUGAAAAUCAUUAUAGCAAUCAGACAGAUAUGGAUCACUGCCUUUUAUGCAACAAUAAGACCCACUGGGCCCCAGUGAAUAGUACCAUGUGCUUUGAGAAGCAAGUUGAGCAUCUCAAUUGGAACGACUGGUUUGCCAUUCUGCUCCUGACCCUCUUGGCACUGGGGAUUGUCUGCACUCUUGCAGUUGGAAUAAUAUUUACUAGAAACCUGAACACCCCUGUGGUCAAGUCAUCUGGGGGCUUGAUCAUCUGCUAUGUGAUCCUCCUUUGCCACUUCUUUAGCUUUGUCAGCACCAGCUUUUUUGUGGGAGAGCCACAAGACUUCAAAUGUAAAACCAGGCAGAACUUCUUUGGUGUGAGCUUUGCCCUGUGCAUCUCCUGCAUCCUGACCAAGUCCCUAAAAAUUCUGCUAGCCUUCAGCUUUGACCCCAGAUUACAAACAUGUCUGAAGCGCCUUUACAAGCCCAUACCCAUCAUAGUGAUUUGUACAGGGGUUCAGAUGAUCAUCUGUACAAUAUGGCUUACAUUUGCAGAGCCUUUUGUGGAGGAGAAUUUCUCCAUACCCCGAGUUAUUAUCUUAGAGUGUGACGAGGGCUCCAUCAUGGCCUUUGGUACCAUGCUAGGCUACAUAGCUAUCCUGGCAUUUGUUUGCUUUAUAUCUGCCUUUAAAGGCAGAAAGUUGCCAGCAAAUUACAACAAGGCUAAGUUCAUAACAUCUGGCAUGAUCAUUUACUUCAUCGCAUGGAUAAUAUUUAUCCCCAUUUAUGCCACAACUUUUGGCAAAUACUUACCGGCUGUGGAGAUCACUGUCAUUUUAAUAUCUAACUAUGGAAUUCUGUGUUGCAUGUUUUUUCCUAAAUGUUACAUCAUUCUCUGUAAGCAGGAGACUAAUACAAAAUCUGCCUUCCUUAAGACAUUGUAUAUGUACUCUUCCCAAAGUGAAAGCAGACUUAAUGUGAAUAUUUCACUGGAUUCCAGGCCUAAUGAAGUCCCCCUUCCCAACCACAACUUCAAUCGCAAGUCUCCAGUCACACUUGAGCAAGGCAAGGCCAGCCAAUCACAGAUGGCUGAGCAUGUACAAUCUGCAAGGAAAGGAAUUGCUAAAAAUACAGCUGGAACACUCCCAAGAAAAAGAAUGUCAAGCAUAUGA